AUGUUCUCGAAACUCGCAUCCCGUCUCCUCCCCAUACACGUUCGCAGAUAUACACACAUGACUGCUCCGUACACAAUCCUUGCCGACGAUGCUGCUAUUCCUAAACCGGAUUUGGAUGAUAGACAUUACAGAAUCAUCCAGUUGCAGAAUGGCCUAAAGGCAAUAUUGAUCAAUGAUCCUGAUUCCGAUAAAUCUGCUGCUGCUCUGGACGUCAAUGUCGGCUCCUACAACGACCCAAAGGAUUUGCCCGGCUUGGCCCACUUUUGUGAACAUUUGCUCUUUCUAGGCACCGAGAAGUAUCCAAAGGAAAACGAUUAUAACGUUUACCUAUCAACCAAUUCGGGUUAUUCAAACGCUUUCACCUCGUCAUUGCAUACAAACUACUACUUUGAGAUCAAAAAUGAUGCCCUUCAUGGAGCUUUAGACAGGUUUUCGCAGUUCUUCAUCAAACCUCUUUUCUCUCCGUCUGGUAAAGAUAGAGAAAUUAACGCAGUGGAUUCGGAAAACAAGAAAAACUUACAAUCAGAUCUCUGGAGGUUAUACCAGUUGUCCAAAUCGUCCACCUCCGAUGCCCAUCCCCAUAAUGGGUUCUCCACGGGUAACAAGGUGACUCUUGGUGAAUUGCCUCUGCAGAAACAUGUGGACGUGAGAGAAGAAUUGAUCAAAUUCCACUCCGAGAAUUAUUCAUCUAAUAUAAUGUGCCUGUCCAUAUUGUCGAAUGAAUCAUUGGAAACAUUGACUGAUUGGACUGUUGAAAUGUUCUCUUCUAUUGAAAAUAAAUCCUUGAAACCUCCAAUUUACACGAAUUCUCCGUUUAACUCAGCAAAUUAUAUCAACCAGCUCUACAAGGUUAAACCAAUUAAAAACAUGCGUAGCUUACAGUUGUCAUUCCCCAUUCCUUCAACUGAUCAAUUUUGGGAAUACAUUCCAAAUAACUAUAUAUCUCACUUGAUUGGUCAUGAGUCAGAAGGUUCUCUAUUGUACAAUUUCAAAGAAAAAGGGUGGGCAAAUGGCCUAUCUUCUGGUGCCUCUAAAAUAUCCCCUGGUUAUUCCGAGUUUAACAUCAAUGUAGAGCUAACCCUGGAGGGUUUAAACCAUUAUCGGGAGAUUAUAGAAGACGUGUUUAGGUAUUUUCAAAUGCUCAGAGAUAACGGUCCACAAAAAUGGAUUUUUGAUGAACUCCAUAAGGAAUCUUUGAAUGCCUUCAAGUUUAAGCAAAAAUCAGCAGUUGCUUCGACUGUUUCCAGAUUUGCUGGAAAGUUACAUGAUUUAAGCUUUUAUAAUGUUCCAAUGCAUGAUCCUUUAAGAACAUUAGACAUUAAUACUGUUACAGUCGAUCAUAUUCCCCCAAAUGAGUUUUUGACUUUAUCAAUCACCAAAAAAUUUGAUCCCCAACUAAUCUCAGAUUUAUUGGAUUAUUUAAAUCCCUCAACUUUCAGAAUCUUUUUAAUUUCCAACGAAAUAUUCGCCAAUGGCACCGUUGAUGAUUCUGAGAUACAAAGAGAAAAAUGGUAUAAUACUGAAUACGUUGUUGAGCAUUUUGAUUCCCGUAACUUAUUCAAUCUAUCGAAAGAUCCUAAAUUGACAUUACCCGAAAAAAAUGAUUUUUUGGCAACCGAUUUCAGCUUAACAACUACCCCGCCAACUAAAUUCCCCAAGUUGGUAGAAUUGGACCAGUUUUCCAAAAUUUGGUUCAAGGCGAACCCCUCAUUAAGUGGUCCUCGAUCUUCGAUUACAAUUAAAUUUAAUUUGCCGGGAUCCACUUCAACUCCUCUCAAUUCGCUAUAUCUUUCUCUCUUUGUUGAGUUGUUGGACGAUGAGUUGAAUUCUCUAUCUUAUUAUGCAUCUCUUGCUAAUUUAAACUAUAACUUUAACAUUGCAAGAGAAGGUAUCAGUUUGGAAAUUAUUGGUUACUCUCACAAACAGGAAAUAUUACUAUCAAAAUUAUUGCAAAGCUUGAAUAGCUUUUCGCAUGAUGAGUCUACUUGGAUUAACAAUAGGAGGAUCAAAAGGUAUAAUAUCCUAAAAGAAAAGCUGUUUAGAAAUCUAAAAAAUUUUGGGUUUUCAACACCUUAUGAGCAAGUUGGUCCAACAAUCUCUUCUUUAAUCAACGAAAAUUCAUGGUUAAUUGAUGAUGAAAUUGCCUGUAUUAAUGCAGUGGAUUUCCAAUCCCUGAAGAAUUAUUCUUUGAAUUUAUUUAAAAUUUGUUUCAUCGAAAUCUUGUCCCUAGGUAACUUUGAGAAGAAAGAUUCUAUCAAUAUCUACAAUAUCGUGAAAAAUAAUUUCCCGUCAUUAUCAAGCUCAAUGACAUUGACAAAUUCACAGUUUACUCGAGGUAGAACUUUGGAUAUAAGAAAUGAACCUACAUCACAUUUCGUGAAAUUGAAUGAUGAUUUUGAUAAUAUCAAUUCGUGUGUUGAAACUUUCACCCAACUAGGUAGAAUCACAAACCACCGUGAUAGAAUAAUCAAUGAGCUGAUUGCUCAGAUUUUGCAUGAACCUUUCUUUAAUAGAUUGAGAACAAUUGAGCAAUUAGGUUAUGUUGUAUUUUCAGGUACUAGAGAAACACGUACUACCUUUGGCUUGAGGUUUUUGAUUCAAAGUGAAUAUCCAACAUUUUAUUUGCUAGAAAGAAUCAAUAAGUUUGUAGAAAAAAUGGGCAGAUUUAUCAAUAAUAAGAUGACUGAUGAAGAAUUUAAUAAGCAUGUAGAGGCCUUGAUUAAUAAAAAGGAGCAAAAGAUGAAAAAUUUAAGAGAGGAAAGAAACUAUUUCUGGAAUAGAAUCGCUAGUGGACACUAUGAUUUCGAUAGGCACGAAAAAGAUGUUGAAUUUUUGAAGUCUUUCGAUAAAGCUGAUGUCUCCAAAUUUUAUCAGGAGAAAGUCAUUGGCAGAUUGGGUAAAGGCAGAGUUGUUGUCCAUUUACAAUCUCAGAAGGUACCAAAAUUGGAUUCGAUCAAGAUGAUUAAAAAUGCUUUUUCUAAUUUCAUCUAUGACAAGGAUGACUUUGAUGAUGUUAGCUAUGAAAAUGACAAAGUCAAUGAAAAAAUUGAUUGUUUCUUCAAAAACAGGGAGAUUGACGAAUCAAGUCUCAGUUUAUUAUUUGAAGAUGAGCUUUUCAGUGACUUUGGCUUUAAAAAUGAGUUGAAGAAUGAGAUUUUAUCCAUCUUAUCCAAUGAUUGGAAUAGUUAUUCCCCAACCAUGGGUUUACUUAUUGGUCAAGUAGGUGAAUGGAAAUGCUCUGUACCUUUAACUGCAGCUCCAUCUGCCAAAAUCGAGCAAGAACAUUGUGAUGAAGAAAUUUGCAUAAAGGGUAAGUUAUAG